AUGGACAGUGGGAUUGAGUGCACCCUCGGCAAGUUUGCAAAUGACACCAAGCUGUGUGGUGCGGUCGACACGCUGGAGGGAAGGCAUGCCAUCCAGAGAGACUUUGACAGGCUGGAGAGGUGGGCCAGUAACAAAGAUUUGACAAUGAAGGGCAAGAGUGACUUACAAUCUUCCUCCAAGGUAUCUGAGGAGAAAGAAGGUGAUUAUGAGACUGUAAGUUCUUCCACUCUGGAGGCCAUCCAUGCUUUGAGAAUCCUUCCUGCCAAACCUCUACAAGAAUCCGAAUACGCAGAUAAACGUUAUUUAAGGCCUUCAGGUACCACUUCCCCAAUGAACAGCCAGCACACAUCUCAGCCCCCUCAACACUCAGCUAACCCUGUGCCUCCCCCACGGCCUCUGAAGACACUGCCAAAGCAGUAUCAGCCACUUCCUCCAGAGCCGAAGAUAAGCAGCCAGUUCUUUCACAUGAGGAAAACGCUCAGCCAAGCUCAUACCUUUCCAAUAUCAGCAAAAGUCACAAGACAUCUAUCUGUUAAGGAACUAAAUGAAGCACCUGGAAGAGAACAAGCUACAGACUUGGGGAAGAAACCUGAAAUACCUUUUCGAGCACAACAGUAUAAACCAAAGCAUCAUCCUGAAGCCAGCCUUCAAUGUACGCGGAGCUCUAAAAGCAUUCGCAGCUCAGGGUCCAUGUUAAAUGUAGAGAAUUUGUCAGUGAAGACGUCACCACCUCCUACGCCAUACACAGCAUGCAAAAAUAAAUCAAAACAUUCACUUGUAAAAUGGGAAAUGCAGUCUCUCACCCAACCCACUGAAAAGGAUUUAAACAAAUAUGAAUGGUACAUUGGAGAAUAUGAUCGCCACGAAGCAGAGAAGGCACUGUUACAGGAAAACACUGAUGAGACAUUCUUGGUUAGAGAUUGUUCAAAGAAAUCAAACGCUGAACCAUAUGUUUUGGUUGUCUAUUAUGGAAGAAGAGUAUACAACAUUAAAGUACGUUUUCUGGAAGAGAGCCAACAAUACGCACUGGGAACAGGGCUCAGAGGAGAUGAUAAAUUUAAUUCUGUGAAAGAAAUCAUUGACUUCUACAAAUAUGUUCCCAUCACACUCAUUGACGGAAAGGAUAAAUCAGGACUCCAGAGAGAACAAUGCUACCUUACAUAUCCAUUCAAAUUGCGCAAAAGAUGUUUUCUGCCUUAA